GGAUAAAUUGUGAGAAGGAGUGCUUGGUCUCGUGAUUAUGGACAUGGGUGGGUUAUCGUUUUGUUGUGCUUAGAGGUUUCUGAUCGCCUUUUGAUGGUCUUCCUGCUAAUCGUGUGUUGGUUAGUGGGCACAUGUUGAUGUUGCAAUUGGGUGAUGCUGCUGCUGAUGGUAUCUGAUUUUUCCGGAGGAAUGCCGGUAACUUUAAGAGGUUUUGGUUGAGUGGAUGAAAUUAAGUCUGUAAUUGUUGGUUUGAAGUGUCAUGACUGAUACUGAUAGGACAUUGUAACCAUUUUUUUGGCCCGGGGGGGGCACGUGGGUCCUCCGUGGUCAUUAUUAGUUCAACUAGGAUUAACGAAAAACAGGUGAAAGAUCCGGUUAACAGCGCACCUUGAUUAACUGUAAUUUUGUACAGAUGGCUGAAGCAAAGCCUGCAAUGAGGAAACCAGUGUUCACCAAGGUAGAUCAGUUGCGUCCUGGGACUAGUGGCCACAAUCUCACAGUGAAGGUCGUGAGCUCGAAGAUGGUAAUGCAGAAGGGCCGUCCUGAUGGGCCACAAGUGCGUCAAACGAGGAUUGCCGAAUGCUUGAUUGGGGAUGAUACAGGCAUUGUUGUAUUUACAGCUAGAAACAAGCAAGUUGACUUGAUGAGGCCCGAUAUGAUUGUAAUCCUGCGGAAUGCCAGAAUCGACAUGUUUAAAGGAUCCAUGAGGCUUGCUGUGGACAAGUGGGGUCGUAUUGAGGUGACCAAAACCGAACCGGCCGAUUUUGCUGUCAAAGAAGAUAACAACCUAUCGCUUGUUGAGUAUGAGUUGGUUAAUGUUGUUGAAGAGUGAUGGUUGGAAGUUUGCUUACACUGGGAAUAAGACCGAUUGAGAAAGGAAUUCGAUUAGCGGUUCGAGAGAUGGUGAAAAAAGUGAAGUGGUGCGAGGAUUUCCUAGUCAACUAUGAGUAUCGGUUACCGAAAGAAACAUAGAUCAGCUGAUGGAGAUGGUUCUUACUCUUGCCUCGGGUCUCAUUUGGAUCCUGCUGUUGAAACUGUCUGGAUCAGUUUGGCAUGGCAUACUACCGGCAAAUAACUGCAGAUGGAAUGUUUAGCAACUUAUUUGGAUACAUCUUAUGAGAGGGCGAGGAUAUAUCUAUUGUGACAUGAUGUUAGAAAUGGACAAGAUGCUUCAUGCGACCGUAUUUAUGUAUUAUGAAAAUCUUCCGUUGUGUUUUCGUUUGUAAUUUGCACUGUCUACUCUUUCGGCAUAUUGUGGAGCUGCCCUCUUUCCCUUUU